AUGUCUGUCGGAACGCCCACAUCUCUUGGAGAAUUGGCGUCGACAUCGUUGGACAAAGACGAGUUCAUUCCGAAGGAAUCGCCGAAGCGCAGACAUGCAUUGCCCGCGGAGCAGAAGGAGGGUUGGGUUCCGACUAGACAGCGCGUGGAUCGAGCGGAAUCAUCGAUCCUGGGUAAUGCACUCGAUGUUGGCCAGAAAGUACUGAUGUUGGGCGAAGUCUUCCUUGAAUUUGCUCCAGUUCCAGUCCUGGAAGAUAUCGCGGGAAUGCUGCUUCAGAUAUGGGACACCCUGCAGCUGAUGAAUCGUUUGCAAUGCCUACGUCUGACGGAACGCUGUGCAAAUAUCCUUUUGUCGAUUCGACAGGAAAUACAUGAAGCUGGUGACAUGGUCAGCACUGAGUUGACCCUUCCUAUGUCGAAGCUUGCACUCGCAUUUAGCAGGGUCCGGGUUCUUCUUGAGAACCUCAUUAGUUUUUCUUCCCUCAAGGCCCAUGUUAAACGAAAGCAGAUUUUAAAGCAAAUGGCGGCCUGCAAUUCCAGACUACAGGACGCUAUGGGAAUGUUUAAUAUCUCGAUCCAAAUUCGUACCCUCAAGCAUCUUCAGGAGUCAAACGAGGAAAGGAAGAAAGAAGCAGAGGUCAUCAUUGAGUCUCUGAGGCGGUACAAUGCCCUUCAACCCACAGGCAUACGGGAAGAGGAAACUACCCCCAAGCCGCCUGGCCUUCUCGGCCUCCCGAGUACUGGUUCCCGUACAUCGCUCAACACUGGCCCUUUCAAAUCUCCUUUAUCUCGGUCACUCUCUUCCACAUCUGAAUAUCACUCUCGGUCUACCCCUCUGCUCCCGGCAUCUAGUUGA